AAAAAGAGAAUUGAUGACGUUAUUCUUUCACGUGACAUUAGCUCAUAGGAAACAACAUGGCUGCCGAGGAUUUGCCGUCUGAAUUUGACGUAGUCAUUCUGGGCACAGGGCUCACCGAGUCGGUAGUGGCUGCUGCCUGUUCCAGAGUUGGACAGAGAGUUCUGCACCUGGACAGGAGGAGUUUUUAUGCCGCUAACUGGGCCAGCUUCACCUUCAACGGUCUGCUCACCUGGGUCCAGGAACACAAUAAUGAGUCACAACCAGAGAUGGUCAAUGAUUUUUCAGACUUGCUGGAGAAUGGGGAGGAGCUAAUGCACCUGUCAAAAUCUGACUCAACCUCCAUCACUAACCUGCAGGUGUUCUGCUACACCAGUGAAGAAGAGGAGGAUGAAGCUCAGUGCAACGAUGCCCUAAACACAACAGUAGGAAAAGAGAAAACAGCUGAUGAAGAAGCUCUUAAAGAAUCAGCAGAAUCAGCAGUUUGUGCAGAGUCUCAAGAUGAAGAACAUGUGGCUCCAGAGGAUCCACAAUCUUUUUUGGGACAGUGGGAGGACCCAGAGGAAGAUCAGACCCACCCCUCUGUUGCUUCCUCCCAAUCAGAGCCAACCAGGAAGAAAAUCAGCUUUGCUCAGCUAGUUAAAGAAGGCAGACGGUUCAACAUCGACCUUGUUUCCAAGCUCAUGUUCUCUCGUGGUUCACUGGUUGAACUGCUCAUCAAAUCAAAUGUCAGCCGCUAUGCAGAGUUCAAGAACGUCACCAGGAUACUCACCUACCACCAUGGCAACGUAGAACAGGUGCCCUGCAGCAGAGCUGAUGUGUUUGCAAGUCGUCAACUGUCAGUGGUUGAAAAGAGGAAGUUGAUGCGUUUCCUGACUUCCUGUAUGGAGGAGACAGAGGAGCAGCAAGCCUACUACAGUCGACCAUAUUUGGAAUUCCUGCACGACCAGCACCUUGGUGACAACCUGCAGCACUUCCUGCUUCAUUCUAUUGCCAUGGCGUCACCGGACACGCCCACAGGGGAGGGGCUGGCAUCCACACGUCACUUCCUACGCUGCCUGGGUCGCUAUGGAAACACUCCCUUUCUGUUUCCUGUGUACGGGCUCGGAGAGAUCCCCCAGUGUUUCUGCAGGAUGAGUGCUGUGUUUGGGGGGGUCUACUGUCUGAGACACUCUGUCCAAUGUCUGAUCGUAGACAAAGACACCAACAGAUGUAAGGCUGUGGUUGACAGUCGAGGACAGAGAAUUAACUGCAGUCAUUUUGUGAUGGAGGACGGGUACUUGGUUGGAGACAGAAAGAAGAUGGACACGUCCCUCAGGUUCCUGAGCAGAGCAGUUCUUAUCACUGACGCAUCGGUUCUGCCCGGAGAGUCGGACCAGCAGGUCUCCAUGGUAACGGUUCCUUCAACAGAUGGCAGUCCGACAGUGAGAAUGGUAGAAUUGUGUUCAUCCACGAUGACCUGCAUCCCAGGAACCUAUCUAGUUCAUCUCACCUGUCAGUCAGUUGGUUCCGCCCAUGAUGACCUGUCACCAGUAAUAUCCAGGAUGUUCCAGACAACAAAGCCAGAUAACCACGACCAACGUCCCUUUGUCUUCUGGUGUCUUUACUUCAACAUGGCUGACGGCACAGCACUUGAAGUCGAAGGUCACGACCUCCCGUCUAACGUGUACGUGUGUUCUGGCCCAGAUGGAAACUUGGGAUUUGAACGCACCAUCGAACUGGCCGAGUUAAUCUUCAAGAAGAUGCUACCUGAAGAGGAGUUCUGUCCUCCAGCUCCAAACCCAGAGGACAUCAUCUAUGAUGGAGAGCCGCCCUCCUCCACAGGAGGGGAAGAGGAACAAGAAGGGCCAGCAGAUCAGGAGGAGCAACAGGAGCCGGAACCUUUAAACUGAAUUUUUGUCCUAAUUUGUUUUUGUUAAAUAAUUUUCUGUAUCAAUAAAGUUUAAUGGGAACAGAACAAUGUCA